AUGACGUAUCGAGAGGAGUAUUUCGAGGAGUCCUCGGGUCCGAUACCGGGCCCGAACGACUCCGUGCAUUUCAAGGAGCGGCCCUUCAAAUUCACGACCAACAGGUUCCACAUCGACUGGCGCCGUCUCCACGCCAUCGACCCCGACAGGGUGCUGCGGGAGACGGACACAGCGCUGCUCGAGUCCGUGGUGGACGUGGUCGCGUACGGGGACAUCGAGGCCGAGGACCCGAUGUAUCUGACCGAGCUGAACUUCGUCAAGAUCUUCCGCGUCGCGCAAAUGAUCAUUGACUACCUCCUCUGGGUGCAGGACACGCUCAACGGCCACAACGAGGCGCUGGCGAAGGAGCGCCGCGCCCUGCGCAAGUCCCUCGAGAGCGCGCGCACCAAGGCCAAGGACCACGCGGGCAAGCUGAAGCACGCCAAGCAGCAGCUCAAGGCCAACAAGCGCCAUCUGCAGACGUACCAGGUGCUGGCGCUCAUGGGGCGCGAGGGCGCCGGGCCGAACGUCAACGUCACGCAGCAGCUCGUGCCGCAGCAGCAGCCGAUCGACAUCUCCAUGGCGGACCGCUCGUUCGGGCGCGCGUCGAGCUCCGCGCCCGCGGCGGAGUGGGACGCGUCAGAGCUCCGCCGGCGCCUCGAGGAGGCCCAGGACAUGAUCCGGAAGCUCCAGCGCGAGCGCGAGAUGCUGGCGGAGCGCAGCCGCGGGCUGCAGGACGCGGCGCUGACGGUCAAGGAGGAGCGCGACGCGCUGGAGGACCGCGCGGCGGAGCUGGAGGCCGAGCUGCGCGCGCUGCAGCGGGAGCUCGACGAGGAGCGCGAGCGGUCGUCGCGGCUCGAGGCGGAGCUCAGCCGGCUGCGCGGGCGCGCCCCGGGCGGCGUGGGCGUCAACUGGCAGUCCUUCGGGCGCGCGGUGGACGAGGAGCGGGCGCGCGGGGAGCGGGAGCGCGCGGAGCUCGAGGCGCGCGUGGAGAGCCUGUCGCAGUCGCGCGAGGUGCUCGACACGGAGGUCGCGAGCCUCCGCGCGGACAACGCGGACCUGCGCCGGCAGGUGGAGGCGCAGCAGGCGACGAUCGAGCGGCUGCGGCGGCAGCUGCGGGAGGGGGCGAGCGACAAGGCGCUCGCGGACGAGAUGGAGAAGCUGCUGCGCGAGAACGCGGACCUGCGGGCGCGGGCGCGCGCCGCGGGCCGCGACCGCUCGUCGGACGUGUCACAGUACGUCAAGGAGGUGGUGCGCGAGGUCGUGGACGAGAGCGGGCGCGUGCUGCGGCGGGAGACGACGGUGCAGAAGAGCGACUCGUCGAAGCGGCACGACCGGUCCGACGGGGACGGGCCGGCGGCCGGCGACGAGGCGCAGGGGUCGCCCGUGCAGGCGGCGCACGAGACGUCGCGCGGGUCGCUGCGCGGGGAGGCGUCGCUCGCGCAGGCGUCGCCGGCGCAGGAGAGCGAGGGCGGCGAGCGCACCGUCGAGGCCGAGGCGUCGCUGAGCUUCCCGCAGGUGGCGCCCGCGCACGCGCACGACGCCGCGCCGCCGGCGCCGCAGAUCGGGCCGUCGCGGGCCGAGCGCGCCGCGGCGACGUCCGCGCAGGAGACGCCGGUGCAGACGGAGCAGCAGCCGCCCGUGCGGCCGGCCACGUCGGAGUCGGAGUCGCCGAGCGUGUCGUGGACGUCGUCCAUCUUCACGCCGGCGCCGCGGUCGUCGGCGGGGGAGUUCGUGGCGCAGGAGCAGGCGCGCGCGGUCGCGAAGCCGGAGCAGUCGCAGGAGGACCGCGCGCGCUGGGCGGCGCUGCUGCCCACGCACGUGCGCGGCCACCCGCUGGUGCUGGCGCGCCGCCCGCACGCGGCAGCCGACCUGGAGCGCAUGCGCCCCGCCGCGCAGCAGCAGGCGCUCGGCGACGUCGACGCGCUGCUCCCGCAGUACAUCCCCGGCUGGGACGGCUCGCGCCCCGGCAUCACGGACGCAGAGUACCGGGAGGCGUCGCGCCUGCGGGAGCAGCAGCUGGAGCGGCAGCUGAACUCGCAGCUGACGCCGGACCAGCGCGAGAGGUUCCACUUCUACCGCCGCGCGCUUCUCGCGUACCUCCAGGGCGCGCAGUACCGCGUGGCGGACCCGCAGGCGCGACCUGCGCCACCGCUACCGUCGGCUCCGCCUACGACGGCGACGGCGACGACGCAGCCGCCGGUGCCCGCAGCGCGGCCGACGCAGCCAGCGACGACGCGCGGGCAGCCGCCGCCCGCGGCCCGCGCGAUCCUGCAGCCGAUCAGCGCGCCCGCGGCGGCCCCGACGCAGGAGGAGGAGUCCGAGGAGGACCUGAUGGCCCCGACGCGGGCGCCGUCAGCGGUGUUCCGCGCCGCAGCGCGGCCCGGGCCCGCCGCCCGGCCGCUCGAGCUCGACGCCGUGCGGGAGCGGAUGUCGGAGCUGGAGCGCAGGGGGAGUGACCUGAACCAGAGCACUGACUCAGGAAUCGGGGGGGGUCCCGGAGGGGAGCUGACGCCGCGCGAGGGCGGUGCGUCGCCGCAGGCGCGCGGUCCGUCGCUGCCCGUGUCGCGCGUUGGCGGGGAGAGCGCUGGGGACACGGUGGUGUUGGCGUCCGGGGCCGCGGCAGAGGGGGAGUCGUCGGAGGUGCCGCAGGAGCGCGUGCUGUCGCCGCAGUACUCGUCCCCGCGGGAGAAGCCGACGCCGGACAAGCGCACGGGUGUCACGGCUGUCACGGCGACGCCGCCCCCGGCGCGCGGCGAGAACAGCCUGGCCGAGGACGACGACGAGGACGACGAGUUCGACUACGACGACGACUUCGAGCGCGACGAGUCAGACAGCCUGGAGGACCUCCUCGCGGAAGACAGCCAGCAACACCCCCCGCCGCCGCCGCCGCCUCCGCCCCCGUCCGCGCCCUCCGCGACGCAGCCGACCCUCGCGAAGCAGAGCAGCUUCGUCAGCUCGGCAGGCAGCGGCGCGCGCGGCGAGGCCAGCGUCGCGUCGCUCGGAAAGGCGCAGGUCAGCAGCGGGUCGGUGGGCCGCCGCGACUCGGCCUCGGUGGGCGGCUGGGCGGCCGCGCGGCAGGACAGCCGCGGACGCGUGUCGCAGGAGGCGAGCGCUGCGUCGGUCGGGGCCGCGCGGCGGGACAGCCGCGGACGCGUGUCGCAGGAGGCGAGCGCUGCCUCUGCGGGGGUUCCCCGGCGCGGCUCGUCCGGGCGUGACGUGGGCGGCGAGAUCCCGAUCCACGCGCCGCCCGUUGCGCAGCAGAGCGAGGGAAACGUUGAUUUGUCUGUGUCUGACUCGCUUGGCGACACCGUGGACCCCGUCGCGGCGCCGCCGGACGCGGAGGGGGAGCGAGACGCCGGGACGCUGUCGUCGGGGAGCUUGGACGACACGGACGCGCCGCCGGAGGUCCCGGUGGAGACGGUGGGGGCUGGGCGGAUCGCGGAGCUGGACGACCUGUCAGGAGGCUCUCUGUCCGACAUGGAGAUCUAA